CGCGCCGGUGACGUCUGUUGCGUGCGCCGCAAGGUGGGGGAGGGUCCUGCGCACGUGUUGCUACGGUGACGGCGCUCUCCUGGCUGCGGAAUGAAGCGGCCCAACAUCCUGCUGACAGGUACACCUGGCGUGGGGAAAACUACACUGGGCAAGGAGCUUGCUGCAAGAGCAGGGCUGACAUACAUCAAUGUGGGGGACCUGGCAAAAGAAGGGGAAUUAUAUGAAGGUUUUGAUGAGGAAUAUGAAUGUCCAAUUUUGGAUGAAGACCGGGUAAUUGACGAGCUGGAAGACAAAAUGAGCGAAGGUGGAAUUAUUGUUGAUUAUCAUGGCUGUGACUUCUUCCCAGAACGGUGGUUUCAUAUAGUAUUUGUACUUCGUACUGAAAAUUCAUUUCUAUAUGACAGGCUUGAAAGCAGAGGGUACAAAGGGAAAAAACUACAAGACAACAUUCAGUGUGAAAUUUUUCAGACAAUUUAUGAAGAAGCCAUGUUAUCUUACAAAGAAGAGAUUGUACACCAGUUGCCCAGCAAUACUCCAGAGGACCUAGAGCGGAAUUUAGAUCAAAUUACACAGUGGAUCGAGCAGUGGAUGAAAGACAACAACUAAAACUUGAGAAGAAAAUAACUUAAGAUAUUUCCUGGAUCUUCUGCCCAUUCAAUAAAAGACAUUCAUAAUUCUUGCUUAGUAAAUUAACUUUUCAAUUUAUAUUUUAGUCAACAUAAGCUGGAAAUUAGAAGAAAACAUCUACCCAUCAUACCAGUGAGACUGUCAAAGAGCUUCCCAGGAGGAAUACUGGGAG